CUUCAAUCAACAGUGGCGUAGCGUGAGCGCAAAACUUAGGCAUGCGGUAACAUAAAAUAUACGGCUAUAUUGAAUAAAUGUAAUGGUAAUUUCAGUUUCUAAAAAAUACAAGCGGUAAUUAAUGAUAAUCGUGAUAGCAAAUUUUGAUUUUCAAAGUAACAAAUCUUUAGUACUCUAAUUCUAAUCAAUCAAGGUGUCUAUUCUUUUCAUUAGAGGCUCCGACAGAGGUUGGAAAGUGAAGAGGGGCCAAGGGAAAAAUUAUCACCCAUGCGAAAGUUUUUGAAAAAAGCUCAAUUGUUUAGCAAGACUUUUCAGAAUAACUCCUAGUGCUAAAACUGCUUUGCAAAAGAUUUUAUUCUUAUUCAUAUACCUCAAGAAAAGGCAUCACCUAAUGCCCACCUAAUGUAAGAAUUUUUUAUGCUAUAAUGAAGCUGGGGAUUCCCGCAAGAAGGAGCUCUCCACAUUGCGAAAUUGUUAACACACUGCAGAGCCUAAGCGAACAGGAGCAACAGUUUCUGCUCAUUUUUUACUCUCAUAGUUAACUAAGAUGAAAAUAGUGAGCUGUGAGAGUUGUUAGAAUUGAAGAUGCUUCCAUGUGUGAAGUUUCAGAAAGUUAGUCCCGGCAAAUCAUCAUGUAUUUAGCAAGGCUUGCGCUCAGGUCUACCGCAUGCCCUGGUCCGUAAAUUCUGACUAUACUGGCAAGCCUUUUGACUUGAAUUACGGAAUGCGGAUCAUGACAAAUAGACUCUGACCCCACUUUGACGAAACUUUUUCCCUUUUCAACAGUCACAAAGUAAAGAAAGGAAAAUAAUUGGAUUUGAAAUGAUGUAUCACGCAAAGAGUAUUCGCAAAAAGCAGCUUAUAGGUAGAAAAAUGUUGUGGAUUAUCAAAUAUUCGGGAAGGCUUGCGCUCAGGCCGACCGCAAGCUCCAGUCCGGAAAAUUCUCACUUCUCUCAGAAGCUUCUCUCGAGUUGCACUGAAGCUGCACUGGAGCAUCACAUGUUUCUCUUAUUUUGGACAGGCAAAAAGAGAGAUGUGGAGGGGCUUCAGUUUUUCAGAUUUUUCGAAUUUCAUAAUUUUUAGCGAUCAGUUUACUUGGAAAAAUAGCCAAUUUGGGGCCAAUUGGCCUGUUGGCGCUAGAGUUCACUGCAUGCUGCUCAUGACAAGAAAGAGAAGCCGUUUAUUGCGGAAAUUGUUAUGCAUUGAAAGUGUUGCAAGAAUUUUAGAAUUUGUCUAUAAAUUUCUACGCUUGCGCCGCAAGCGUAGCAUACAUAGACGCUACGCCACUGUCAAUCAACUAAACUUGAUGAGUCCUAAUUCAUUUCGAUUUUUACACCAUUCUUUCAAGGACUGUUAAGUAUCACAAACGAAAUAAUUGGGUCUGUCACAAUUUAGCAAACGACUUUGGAAAAGACUAGGCUCUUAAUCCAGUCAUGUUUUCUCUUCCCCUUUCAUAUCUUAGGUAUCUAAGGUAGGAUUGUGCAUCGGCUUUCUGGUGGGGAAAGUGAACUUUUCUUGUCCAAUCCCUGCUUUAAGCUGAACUUUAAGCUGCUUUUACUUGAGUCUAUUAAGCUAUAUCAAAGGUUAGGAUUUUGUAUGGGUUAGAUGAAGCAACUUGUGCCUAUGCAUCAACGGCUCAACGUUGCUUCCUGUGAUGAGGAAAUGUAGCCUUAAGAUCUGAUUUGAUGAGGGAUAUCUGAUUUGAUGAGGGAUGUGGAAACAUCUUCUGAGGAAGCUUUUAUAUUUUAAUUAAUAGAAUGCAUUUGUUUAUGUUUUUUCUCCGAGUAAGAAAUUAAAAACUUUAUGCAUAAUAAGUAUGCUUUAAAUAAGCAGUCUGCCUGUAAGCUUGGAGCGCUUGGGUAAUUGUAGUUUAUUGAGAAUAGAACUGAUGGAAUAAAGAAAUGAAAUAAAAAUUGAAUUGAACGACGGAAAUAAAACAAUGUACUUGCGUAUUGAUUCAUUUGAUGACCUUGGAAAGUUAGGGUAGGAAAAAAGGGUUUUUCGAUGUUUUUCAUUGGAUAUUUGAUUUUACAGGACAAUGAACAGACACACAAGAACUUUUUCAUUGCUUAACUUCUGUUUUAAAUGUUCCACCCAGUAAAACCAUGCUCUUUUUAACGUUUAACCUGCAAAACAGCAUUUAAUCAGGAAAUGGAUGCUGGGUGAACCAAAUAAUGAAAGGAUCCUCCACAAAUUUCACUUCUACCCAAGAAUGAACUUAGAGGGAGGUGUAGGGGGUGAGACACCACCUCAUUCCUUCGGUAAAAUGUGCUUCCAUUCGUUAAAAAUCAUAUUUUGGCAGUUAGUAGUAACAAACUAAUACUAUGAUUUUAUAUUAUUCAUCUUCUUUUCUUCUUUACUGUAAGGUUAAGAACCAGAUUUUUUAAAUGGACGUGUCAAUCUUUUUCCAGUGACUGGAAGAGUGUGACACCGAAAUCCAAUUAGUUUCUAACACUGUUGCUUCAAGAGUGUUAUCCCCAUCCCUGCUUCUACUAGCAAGUUUAUCUCACUGUCUCCAUGUUGUUUAUUACACACUCCGCAGAUAUUCAUGUCUAAAGUGUGUACCUGUCUUUUGACUGAUUUUGUUACAUCCACCCACCAGCAAAAUAUCAGAAACGAAAUGGCAUGCCUAAACACCCUCGGCGUCUAUCACUUAUGCAAAAGGGUUAAGAUAAAAUUACUAAUUAAAUACGUGCAGGUUGAGUCUUCUGUCAGAGCACAGGAGAGAUACAGAGAAGAAACAGCAGAGUUUAAUCAAUUGAGGCAAUUGAAGCAGAAACCUAACAGAAAAAACAAAAUGUUCUUUCUCGUGGUGAUAAAGAUCAUUUAGAAGCACAAUCCUGACAUCGAUGAACAAUAUUUCAAACACUGAAAACCAUAAAGGCAAAUGUCCCAUUUUGAUAAAUGGAAAAUUCACCUUGGUAUAAGUAAACUCAUUCUACAGGAGCAAUUAAAUCAUCUUGAAGAAGCUUUUACAUUAACAAGCAGUGCGAGUUUUGUGUUUCACUGCCCAAUUGCAGGAAUUCAGCAUUGACGUAAAUAUAAAGAAGGAAAGAAAUAGCGAAAAUAUAGCAUCCUGAAGAACUUUCCGUUCAAUAAUCUUCUCGGCGUAGAAACAUCGGAUAAUGACCAAGAGUAGACAGAAGAUAUAUCAAUGUGUGGAUCGUACGAGAAAAAUCGAAUAAUUUCUUUCUACACAAGUCGGGAUCCUUUGUUUUGAUAUAAGCAGAUUGAACAUUUCAGCUUUUUCGCACCAACUUUUAAACUGUUCAAUGCGCAAUGAAUCUUAGAAAUACUUUUUCUAGCAUUAGAGUCACAUGAUUGUGCUUUCCUUUCUAACCAUUAAAGAGUGAUGACUAUCGCCAUUUUCUGUAUAUCUAAUUCAAUAAACGUGAUCCUAUUAGAAAAUUUAGGGAGAACACUUUCAAUAACAAUUUUUUUGAGAGCUCUGUACCAUAUCCAGCUUUUAAAACCCAAGUAUGAUAUGAUUAAAGUCUUAUAUAGCAAAAAGCUGAGUAUUUUUCAAAAAUUUUCUACGAUAUCAGUCAGAAAACUUUUAACCGGAACGUCUUGUGUCGUUUAAGGUAUGCUAAUCGAAAUUUUUUCUAGAUUGAUCAUAAAAUUCAGCUGUCAAAAUGUGCAAGGGCACAUACUCAGGUUGCCCUGCGUGACAUUUGCACAGUUCAGCCGUAUAAUGGAAAAUUUUCAGCUGUACGGAGAAGUGAUAGAAACCUUUGAAGACCUGCACCCUAAUGAAUGCAAGUAUAAAUGUAUCCACAAUCUAUCAUGUCGCUCCCUAAGCACGACGACUUCAUCCGGUGUCAAUUGCAAGAUUCACAACAAAUCGGCAGAAGAUCCGUACGAUUUCAGCAUGAUGUCACCGUCAACUGGAUGGACAUACUGGAGUACCAAUUACAGAGAGAACAACGUUGGCCAACUGUGUCAAAGCAUCAAGCCAUGUGAUGGAAUCAUGACAUGCAAAGACAGUUGCAUGUGUCCUGGAUUCCAAUGCUAUCCGGGACUUGAAGAGAUCUACUCAAGCUGCCAGGAUGCAUACAGCAAAGGCAAAAGAGACAACAGGGCGUAUCCAUUGUACCUACAUGGCUUAGGAGCAUAUAGGGCAAGAUGUGAUAUGGCAACCCUAAGUCGUGGUUGGAUCGUAUUUCAACGUAGAGCUAGCAACAGUGUUGAUUUCUACCGUGGUUGGGAAGAAUACAAGAAAGGAUUUGGUGAUCCACAAGGGAAUUACUGGCUGGGACUGGAAAGACUGCACCACUUGGCACGGCCAGGUAAAGGUGCAAUCCUUCGAGUUGAACUUCAGCAUCAGGAUUAUCCGGGAGUGACGUACUACGCCAGCUAUAGCACGUUUGAAAUCGAAAAUGAAGAGAACCAAUACAGGAUAAAUGUGUCAGGGUACUCAGGUAACGCGGGAAAUUCGCUUGUUCAUCACGAUGGAAUGAAAUUUUCAACGAAAGAUAGAGAUAAUGACUUGCAUUCCAUUAACUGUGCCCAGCGUUAUCAUGGUGCAUGGUGGUAUAAAUAUUGCCAUGACUCUAACUUAAAUGGGGUGUAUUUAUCCAAUGGGAUUAGUGCAGUUGACAUGGGCUGGUACUCACUAAAAAACCAUCAUGGCAAAAUCAAGUUUUCAGAAAUGAAAAUAGGUUAUCAGUAGGUAUUACCAAGGUCUGUGUGUGCCAAAGGCUGUCGCUGGUUAUAGAACACGUAGAAGGAUUAGGGGGUUGCUGUCAUAUCAGAACGGUUAAGUUGUUUUUGGCUAUCUUUAGACAUAUUUAAUUUUCAACUGUUUGUAUUCAAAAGUUUAAUCAAUGUAUCAAAAAGCCUUUUUAAACGUUGAAUUGCAGCACUAAAUAUAGAUACCCGGUGUUUAUUGCUCUAAUCUGCGAAAGGCACAAAAUGAUUCGCAAAAGCAUUUAAAGCCAUGUACAAACACCCGCUGGUGUGUCAUCAAUGAUUAUGGUAUUGAGAAAUCUCCAUUUAAUUGUCACUCCAUUAAAUUUCAAUUAAAAACCUCUUUUUACAAAGGUUUUCAUGCAAACAUAGUAUUGUUUUCAUUUAUAGUUGUUGGUUGAUUCUGUUAAUUUACAAUGGUUAGUAUUGAGGCAACAGGGCUGCAAUGUAACCUUCUGCUAAAUGUUGAAUCGUCUUGUUAUAUUUUUCAUUUUUCAUUUAUCGUAUUUAAUUCCUUGUAAUGUUUUGGAUUGAGGAAAACAGGAUGCUAUUAUGAAUCAAGGACCGAUUUUAGAAAAAUAUUAUUUGGAUUUAAGUUAUGAAUUGCAUGUACUAAACCUUGUUAGUUUCUAGACACAGAACAUACAAGCUAAACGUUUCUUAGGACUGCAAUUCUUUCUUAAUAUGCUAGAAUCUUCUAUGGAUACAACACGGGAAAAAAGAUGUUUAGUAAAGAACCAGAGUAGAAAACUGUUCACAGCGCUGAAGCUGAUGCUUGGAAGUAGCUGGGUGUUCUUAAAAAGGAAGUCAUAGGUCUAUUUUAGGUUCACGUAUCUUGUUAACUGUAGAAAGUGGAUUAUGUUCAUGAAGUCAUUUCGCACCCAACGUAGGGCCAGAAUGUUUUGAAAAGAGCGAACAGUAAAACAUAUCCCAGCGUGUCAGAUUUUGCACUAGAUUAUGCUCUUGAAAUAAAAAAGCAUUUGUGGUUCUCUGCUUACGGAACACGCAAUUUUAAAGAUGGCUCCCAACGUGGGGUCAAUAUGUUCGAUAAGCGAUAACAUUAGGGGGAGGCCAGUAGACCAAGCAAUAAAAAGUUGAUUUUUUAUUUUGAAAUUUGAAACACUUGUGGUUCACUGCUUUCCAGGGACAGGCAAGCUUGAGUAAAAGGGUCUUUGGAAGAUAACUUACAGCUUCUACUAAAUCCUUCUACUAACUGCCAUUUUAUUUCGAUCUCUGUAGGUAUUUUAAAAAUUGGCUAACUUUUGGCAUAAAUUAUUUUACAAGGAUUUAUUUAACAAGUUUUGAGAAAUUUCGUCAUAAAUUAAGCACUGCAAUCAGAAUUUCAUGUGAAACUGUCUGAUUUUGAGACCUGUGCGGUUUCAAGUGUACUUUGAUCAAAAGGGCACUCUGGCACCUCUUGCCCCUCCUAUGUAAAGCCAACAGGGGUGGUUGACACCCCCACCCCCCUUUUCUGGCGUCCCUGCUAUUCAUGACUCAUACACUACCAAGCAUGACGCCAAACGAGGGGCAAGAAUUUCCUAUUAAUAACAUUCCGCUAACACUCCUAAGUGGCUGAAGAGAUUUGCGAGCAUCAAGUCAAACUGAGGGCAGUGACGGGGGUAACCUAUGGGUCAGAGCCACAAAAUUUUGAGUGCUUUCCGCUUCCGAAUCUAUGUGACACUGGUACCCAGGGUAUGCAGGAGGAAAUGUUCAUCAUAAUAUCGUUUUCUGAAUCACAUACGCAAAUAGGGCUUGUUUUGAAGAAUUUAGGUCAGGACAUUCGAAAAAGACACCAUCUUGGGUUUUCACAAUUUUAUAAUAACAGGAACAGAAUCGAACUAUUUACAAUCAACAUAUUCAGCGUCCGACGUCGAGGUCUCGGCACUAGUGAAAGGAUUAACCGGAUGUUUCUCUUUCGAAACCAGGUUCGAAAACAGGUUCGAAACCAGGUUCGAAACCAGUGUCGCAACCUGUGUUGAAACCUGUGCCCACUGAAUGGGCUUAAAUUUAUCCGCAACUUUGUUAGGUCCUUUGUACACUGACUUUUUGACUGGCCUGAUAACUUCAAGUAAUUUUCUUUUAAAUUCCACAAGCGUUUUUGAAUCUUUUAUUUUGUAUCUAGCAAAGUCCGUUCGAAAGUGGCAUUUGGCUUUCAGAAAUAUG